CUUGCUCCCAAAUCAUUUCGUGUUCAAUAUGUCUCGGGACCCAUUGGUCGUCGGACAUGUUGUGGGGGAUAUUGUGGAUCCCUUCAUCACAACCGCGUCACUGAGGGUCUUCUACAACAACAAGGAGAUGAUGAAUGGUUCUGAGCUCAAGCCAUCUCAGGUGAUGAAUGAGCCCAGGGUCCAUAUCAGUGGGCGUGACAUGAGGACUCUCUACACACUUGUCAUGGUGGACCCUGAUGCACCUAGCCCCAGUAACCCUACUAAAAGAGAGAACCUUCAGUGGUUGGUGACAGACAUUCCAGAGACAACUGAUGCCAGUUUUGGCAAUGAAAUAGUCCCCUACGAGUGCCCACGUCCAACAGUCGGAAUCCAUCGCUUUGUGUUCAUCCUGUUCAGGCAGGCAGUCAGGCAGACCACCUAUGCGCCGGGGUGGAGAUCAAACUUCAACACCAGAGACUUCGCGACCAUCUACAACCUCGGCUCGCCUGUCGCUGGGUUGUACUUCAACUGCCAGAGAGAGAACGGCUGUGGUGGAAGAAGGUACAUAAGGUGAUAUACACAGAGUUGUGGUUAUAUAUAGUUGUUUGCUUGCCUCUCUGAAGGCAGAGAAGCAUAAUAGCAAUUGGGAGAGAUAAAUGCUCCUAGCUAAAUAAAAAUUAUAUGUUGUGUGUUUGUGUGUUAGUGCGUGAGCAUUGCAUGAAUGCUCACAAUCAUAAGAACUAUAAUUAGUUCACUACACAUUGUAGCCCUGAUGUUAUGUUGUCCUUACUUGCCCUAGCUCUCACUCACAAGAAGUAAGGCAGGGUACUAGUCCAAUUGUUGGAAUAUUAAAAGGUGAGAUAAACUGUUAUUGUCGUGCGUGCAAGUUGUGAUGU